ACAAAAUCUACUCAAAGAUUGAGUCUUCCAAUUGGCAUUUUGUAAAUACCGAUAUACCAUUACCUCCUCUCCAAUUAUAAAUAUUCAAUUCUUUCACAAAAAGGACAGUCCGCAAGAUAGUGCUAUUACUAGCAUUUAACUCCCGAUUCCGCGAACCAAGACCGGCAAGCAAACAAUACAACAGCGCUUAAGCCUUGGUUGUAACAAGAAAGCAAAUCCAUAUCCCGCUACGCCUUGAUCUCACUGAGCCCUUCAUAGGAGGGGAAAAGAUCCCUCCCUGGAAGUCAGGCCAUGGCACCGGCCGACUCCUCCGCACCACAAUCAUCCUCCAGUACCACCACUACAGCAACCCAUCCCGUCCGCGAUCGCAAAGCCGACUAUGAGAAAUUCAAAAACUUCGCCGCUUAUACCUUCCUAUUUGCAUCACCCGUUUUCAUCGCUCUGCCGCCGCGCAAACUAGACUUUUACACCUUCAGCCUUGGCGCUGCGUUCCUCGUGUCCGCAAAUCGCAUCUCCUCCAUUCACACAGGGAGCAGUAUAGUCGGACAGCUCCGGUCGCGCACAGUCGGCGAGAACCGGCCGACUGUGUUCCGCGACCUGCCUACGCCGCAGGCAGAGGCGAUGCAGGCACAGCUGCGCGCUGUGCGGGAGGCUGAGAUGCGGGAAGGGAAUAUUGUAGGUCAGGAGCUGGAGAGGUGGAAGCAGAGACAAGCGGAGGAGAAGGAGAUGAGUAUUGUGCAAAAGGUGUGGAUGGGUGGGGAGAGGGAAGGGUGGAAGGAACGGAGGCGCAGGGAAGAGCAGAAGGCACUAGAGGAAGGGAAGGGGUAUGGAGAUUUGAUCAAGGAACAUAUUUGGGAUGUGGUGACUUGGGGCCAGAAGGAUGGUGAGUUGGGUGAAGAGGAUGAGGUAAAAAGUGGAGGCGGAACGGAAAAGGGAAGUAGGAGCAGAUGA